UCCAGUCUCUUUCUCUAGCAACCCAACGGUGGAAUAACCGAGACUGGCCUGGUGGAUUUCCAGCCCACGGUCACCGCCGAUUGCCGGCAUGGACGGUCAGGAUGCUGCACAUCUUCGGCCGCCACCGGGCAACAGCUCCCCUUAAAUGCCGGAGAUGAAAGGAGUGGAAAAAAAGAGAAACUUUUACAAGGAUCGGACUAACUGUAACUGAACUAUCUUCAAGCUAAGAAAAGCUUUUGUCGAUGGCGGGUGAGAACUCGCCGGGGACGACGCUGUCGGCAGAGGCGGCUGAGGCGACGGUGAGGGCUGUGACUAAGAGGUAUGACGCUCUCGUGGCAGUACGGACAAAGGCGUUGAAGGGGAAAGGGGCGUGGUAUUGGGCUAACCUGGAGCCUUUGCUCGUCCAUGGCUCCGACUCCGCGCUCCCUAAGGCGGUCAAGCUCCGCUGCUCACUAUGCAACGCCAUCUUUUCCGCCUCUAAUCCGUCUCGCACUGCCUCCGAGCACCUCAAGCGCGGUACUUGCCAAAACUUUUCGUCCGCUGCAGCGGUCGCCUCCUCCUCUGCCCCGAGACCCAUCUCGUCACUUCCCCCGUACGGCAAACGCACUUCUCCAUCUUCCGCUCCAGCUAGAACCUCUUAUCUUGCCUUGGUUGAUCCUUCUACCGCGGAGCCCGCCUUCUCUUCCUCACCAACCCCACCACCUCAGCCUCCGCCUCCGCCUGCUCUCCCCGCUCCGCACCAGCGAUUGCUUUUUUCCGGUGGACGGGAGGACAUCGAUGCGCUCGCCAUGCUUGAAGACAGCGUGAAGCGGCUGAAGAGCCCAAAAGCCUCACCCCGCCCCGCCCUCCCCAAACCCUUGUCCGAUGCUGCUCUCUCCCUCCUCACCGAUUGGUUCCUCGAAUCCGCCGGUGCCGCCUCUCCUUCCUCCCUAUCUCAUCCAAAGCUCCAAUCUUUCCUCCACCAAAUUGGCCUCCCGACCCUCUCCCCACGCCGCAUCACCGGCCCGCUCCUCGACUCCCGCUUCCGCGAAGCGCGUGCGGAUUCCGACGCUCGAGCCCGCGACGCUGUCUUCUUCCAGCUUGAAUCCGCCGGAUGGAACUCAGACACCGAAGACACCCAGAGCUUGAUCAGCCUCGCGGUGAACCUUCCAAAUGGAACCACCGCCGUCCACCGCGUGAUGCUUAUCUCUGCUCGCGCUCCCUCUGAUUACGCUGAGGAAGUCCUCCUCACCGCCAUGGCAAGCAUCACCGACGAAGACAACAGCGGACGGUGCGUCGGCAUCGUCGCCGACAGAUUCAAGUCCAAAGCCCUUCGGCGCAUCGAGACAGAGCACAAAUGGAUGGUGAACCUCCAUUGUCAGCUCCAAGGAUUCCAUAGCCUGAUCAAAGACUUCGCCCGCGAUCUCCCCCUUUUCCGUUCCAUUGCGGCCAAUUGUUCCCGUCUCUCAGCAUUCUUCAACUCGCACUCAUUAGCUCGUGCCCUGCUCCACAAACAUCAGCUCCAAAAUCUCAACCACAACUACCUCCUUCAUUCCCCUCCCCCUUCAAGCAACAAUAUUGACUCCGUGUUCGCAAUGCUGGAAGAUGUAACUAAUUCCUCCCAUUCUCUUCAAUCUGCAAUACUUGAAAAUGAAUUCAAGCUACUCUGCAUGGAUGACCCGACUGCAAGAGAGUUUACUGAGAUGAUCGGAAAUGUUCGGUUUUGGACAGAAUUGGAAGCGAUUCGCUCGCUUGUGAAUCUUGUAAAGACAAUGAGUGACGAAAUGGAGGCCGAGCGGCCAGCGGUUGGCCGAUGCCUGCCUAUAUGGAAUGAAUUAAGGGCCAAAGUAAAGGACUGGCGCGCAAAGUUCAAUGUAGAAGACGACACUGUCGACCAUGUCGUCGAGCGGCGGUUCAAGAAGAACUACCACCCGGCUUGGUCGGCGGCGUUCAUAUUGGACCCAUUGUAUCUAACCAAGGAUGCAAGCGGCAAAUACCUCCCACCGUUCAAAUACCUGACGCCGGAUCAGGAGAAAGACGUCGAUCGUUUGAUAACGCGACUGGUGUCGCGAGAGGAAGCUCACAUUGCUUUAAUGGAGUUGAUGAAAUGGAGGACGGAGGGACUCGACCCGCUCUACGCCCAGGCCGUCCAGGUGAAGCAUCUUGAUCCGGCGACGGGUAAGAUGAAGGUGGCGAACCCGCAGAGCAGCAGAUUGGUGUGGGAGACAUGCCUAAGUGAGUUCCGGUUGUUAGGAAAAGUGGCGGUGCGGCUUAUUUUCCUUCAUUGCACGGCAUACCGUGUUCGGUGCAGCACAUCGCUGCUCCGACUGGGGCGGGGGUCGCCCGCGGCAGCCGAGCGGGUGGAGAAGAUGGUGUUUGUGGCGACACAUGCGAGGUUUGAGAGGAGAAGCUUCUCGAACGAGGAGAAAGAUCCCGAGAUCUUCGGCGAAGAGGAGGAUGUCUCUGCGGAGGCUUCUUCAGUGUAAUUUUUAUUUUAUUUUAUUUUUCAAAUUUAAAUGUUCCUUUUUUUUAUCUUAGAUUAGAUUUCUUACUUGUA